AUGGAGUCAACCCUCAAAGAGGCUCAGCCAACGAACGAUUUCCAUCACGAUCCCUUCUCAUCUCUAGGGUUUCUAUACAUUAAGAACACCUACGAAAUCAUUCAGACGGGACAUAGGCAGAUUAAGCUCGCCGGCUUGGUACAUGAGUACCCACGUCAGCCUCGACUUCUCGAUUUGAGUAUGGUCAACAAAACGAUACAAGUUUUCGCCAGGGAACUAGGGUCGCUUCUUCCUGAUGAUAUUCACUGUGAUUCCCUCCUUCAGUCCCAUGAGAUGGAGAAUACACAGCUUUCACUUAUGAUGCUUUUUAACCAUAUCUUGGGGGAAUGCGAAGAUGACCACAACAAGUUGACAGAAAUAUAUCAUCGGUGGAUUCACCGCGUCGAACCUGAGGCCCUCAUACAGAGCUUGAUCAUGGCAGCGGUGAAAGGUUGGGUCUUUGAAACUGACUGUUCUAUUUUCAGUGGUCCAAAAGAGAAACCGUUGUUGUCAAAAUACCAGGAGAUUAUUCAAGACUGUUGUAAGAUCCCAUCUCUAAUCCUACUAUGGCCCAAUCACUGAAUUGAGUAGCUAGCUGGGAUGAGCUUAGAAACCUGGAUAUCGCUGCCCAUUACUGCCUAAUGGAAACUCGGGAUUUCUGUGAGAAUGUGAUUUCGCACAAGGCAUCUGAGCUUGCCUGUAAUCUCUCCAAGAUACUUGCACCUUUGUUCAUAGACCCCUUAGACGAGAUCGCCAGCACUGAUUUGGAAUCCUGGGGCCACAGUAGCGGGACCGUUGAAGAACGAAAAUUCCGAAUUGGCGACAGUGUUUGA